GUCUGAGCUGGAAGCCUGUCUGCACCAUCAGGCCCUCCAGAAGCCAUGCUAGCCCCGGCAUACCCGCGAAGAACGAAGACUUGCUAGUCGGGGAUGAAAUCGGGAUGAUAUAUUAUUACGCAGUCGAAUGGCCGGAGCGAUGGGAGGUGGAACGCAAUAACUGGCCGGGGGAUAUGACGCUGCUGGCACGCAUCGCUGCUCACACACAGCAGAUAUGUGGACUAGCAUGGUCCAAGAAUGGCGAUGUAUUUGGCACCGGUGGGAACGACAACAUAUGCUAUCUUUUCGAUGCUCUCGGGGCCCUUGGAAACCAUCCCGCAAACCGUGAUCGCAGCAAGGAGGACCAAACCGGACACUCGACAGGGGCGCAUGCCCAUACGUUGAGUGAGAUAUCGGACGCUGAAACUGAGAUUCAGCUGCUGCGAACCGCCCCCUACCACCCUGCCAAACACCUGGGACCGGGGAACGCGAGGCACCGAUGGGUCCACGGCGCCGCGGUCAAGGCCAUUGCAUUCUGUCCCUGGCAGGACAGCUUGGUGGCUACGGGGGGAGGGUCAAAUGACAAGUGCAUCCAUUUCUUCCACACCGGUUCCGGAGCCGCCCUAGCCUCCAUUUCGGUCUCUGCCCAAGUGACCAGCCUCAUCUGGUCCACGACCCGACGCGAAAUCGCAGCGACGUUCGGCUACGCCCAUCCGGAUCACCCAGUCCGCAUUGCUGUCUUCUCUUGGCCCGAAUGCCGCCAGAUCGCCGCCAUACCCUGGGCCGGCGAGCACCGCGCGCUCUAUGCCAUUCCGUACCCCUGCGGGCCCGACGACAGGGCAUCGGCGGGGUUGGAGGGGGCGAGAAGUUGGAGAACGGCAGCGCGACGGCACAGCCGCAGUCGCACCGCGAAGGAGGGCUGCAUUAUUGUUGCAUCCAGCGAUAGGAGCGUCAAGUUCCACGAGGUCUGGGCGGCGGAUAAGAGGGGAACCGCCAGUGUGGCAGGCGUGCUCGGUGGAAGCCCGAUUUUGGAGUUCCUAGAAGGAAUUGAUCGGGAGGGGAUGGUGAUUCGGUAAGGUUGGCCUGAAACCGACGUCACUGAUCACCAGGGAGGAUUGCUCGAGGAGACAAGCCACUUGCUCAAGCUUGCAUAUUCGGAGCUGCUGGAGAGAGGAGAAGAGGAAAAGGCCAGGGACCGAGCUGAGGUGCAAUGAAGUAGGCAAACACCCUUGGUAUGUACAGCGUUGCUUGGCCUGGGCUGAGGAGGUGUCGGGUGGAUGAACAGUAAGGGAUCCAAAGUUGAUGCACCUACAUAUAUAAAUUGACUGCAUACCUUAGCUCACUGACCCCAAAUGUGGCCUUG